AUGCUCCGCACCCGCUCCUCCACCCUCCUCCCCGUGACAUCUCGCUCCCAUCUAACGCGCGAGCGAUCUUACAACCCGCGGAGAAGGGGCAACUCCACAGUGUGCAACCCCUGGGGCAUCGCCCUGCUCCUGUUCCUGCUGGGCCUGGCCGGCACGGGCGCGGCAUGGUGGCACUUCCGGGAUGCCCCGGCCCCCGCUCGGGCCAAGCCAGUGCGGCUCGCCUCCCAUGAGGCCUUCCUCAGCAAGCACAGCAACGCCCACCUGCUGGAGGAGCGGUUUGAGCGCGAGGUGCAGCGUCGGCGGGAUGGCGGCGACGGCGCCCUGGGCGCCCAGGGGCAGGCCGACGCCAGCCUGGGCCUGGGCGCGCACCACGCCGAGGCGGCGGGCGCAGGCGAGGGGCACGCAGCCGUGGCCGCGGGGCACGACGACGCCGCACACGCCGCAGCGUCGCACCUGGACGCGGUCCAUGCCGACGCGCACGCCGCCGCGCCGCCCUCGCUCUAUGACACCUCCAUCCACGUGCGAGACGCGUCGGGCCAGGAGGUGAGCAUGGCCGCCUACCGCGGCAAGGUGCUGCUGGUGGUGAACGUGGCCUCGCAGUGCGGGUACACCAAGACCAACUACGAGGCGCUGCAGUCGCUGUACACGCGGUACGCGGGGUACGGGCUGGAGAUCCUGGCCUUCCCCUGCAACCAGUUUGGCGGCCAGGAGCCGGGGAGCCUGGCGGAGAUCGCGGCCUGGGCCGCGACCACCUACCACGUCACCUUCCCGCUCAUGGACAAGGUGGACGUCAACGGACCCGGCGAGACGCCGCUCUUCGCCUGGCUCAAGGCGCACACGCCCGGAGGCCCGCCCGCCGACGUCGACUGGAACUUCAACAAGUUCCUGGUGGACAAGUGGGGGGUGCCGCGCAAGCGCUACGCCUCCGCCGUGGACUACCCGCUGCUGGAGAUGGACGUCUACUCGGAGCUGGUGCGGACGGCCUGA